AUGAAGGGUACCUCCAUUUUUCAGUUUAAGUCCUGGCCUAAGAUUCAUCAACCCUUACCGCGUACUCCACGAGAGUCGCAGCAGUUGCUCAAUGCCCUCACCACCUCAUUUCGUCGCCAGUUAGAUGGUGCAUAUCCCGCAUCUCCCGCAUCAGGCAACGAAGCGCGACCCCUCCUCAACACCCAAUCUUCGGCUCAGGCCACAGAUCAACAUCUUCAGACCAUCCUUGACAACCCGCUGUUUCGUAUCAUCCCCAUGAACAAGGCUUCGCGGGUAGUGGAGCAGCCCAUGGCGGUGCUGGACCAAAUGGCUGCCACUGGCUCGCUCACUUCACACACCAUCAAUGAUUGUUUGAAGUAUCAACUCUUACUUUCCAAAUCUCCAGAGCAGAUGAAAGCUUCCCGGGCCGCAUCCAGGGUCGUGGAGUGGUUCUGGGCAUCGGACGGCGCUGCCCGGCAGGCUCUUCUACGAUCGCGAUCGGUGACAACAUCGUUGGCUAAGUUUAUGGUUACGGAAGGCUUCCACAGCACUAUGAUGGAAUGGCUGAAAAUGCUCGUGCACCAUGAUCUUGGCGGUCAAAACGGCCGAAUGACUGAUGGCAUUGCCCGUCAAACUUUCAGCCACCUCCUUGUCGAUUUCGUUGAAGCAGAGAUACGGUUCGGGGGCGGCUUUUACUCGGCAAUCAGACAGUACCUACGUGUGUCUGAGAUGCAUUCCCAAAGGACUUCCUCGGACACUUCAACGAAACCGAUGCUCUUGGCUGCGGCAGCCCAUUUGAAUCGAAGCUUCAUGGCAUCAAAGCCAGAAAGUGCACAGUCAUCUGCAGCGCUUUAUGAUCAGUUCCAAGAGAAGGUUGCUUUGUUGUCUCCUCGGUCCUUGCUACUGGCAUCUGUGGCCAUUUGCCAUCCAACAACGCCUGACGCAUCUGCGUUCCUCAAAUUUGUGGAGAACAUUUCACCAAACAAGUUCCGAGCGUGGAACAACGUGAGACGUGAUGCAUUCUUUGAAAUUGGCUCAGAGGCUCUUCGAGUGCUCGUUGAACAGGAGAGAUUCCGACAGAUCUCUCGACUAGAGUCUAGCAUCUCAAAGUUGCUACCAGCAGAGGCUCCAGCACCAGCGGCCGAUAGGUCAUACACAGUGACUGAACAAGAUAUAAACCUAGGAUUCACAUGA